GAGGUCCUGUAUUAAUAUCAACUCUUUCUCUCCAAACAGAAACUUCUGAAGGAGUGAUGACAUUGGCAAAGUAUGAACAGGCCAAAAGAAAGAGACUGAGGAAGAAGGAGGAGAGGAGGCAGGCACUGGAGGACAGAUGGAGAGAAUGGGAGGAGAAAAGGGCUGAGAAGAAAGCUAGAAAAGAGGAGGAGAAACAGGCAUUGGAGGCCAAACGAAGAGAGGAAGAGAAGAAAGAGGAUGAAAAGAAAGCAGAGAAGAAAGCUAAAGAAGAGGAGAAGAAAAAGAAUGAGAAGAAAGCCUCCUCAGCUCCACACGGCACCAUCAUGAGCAACAUGGCGUCGUUAUAUAUGCCGAGAGGAUGCUUUGUGCUGAACUUCAAUACUGAAAGAUGCACUACUCAAACUGGACGGCUGGAUGACCGUAAGAAGUUGAAGAACUGUGGAAGAACUGAAGCAGCACAAACGGGGCCAAGACUGGGAGACUUAUGGCUGCCCUUAUGAGAAACGCACUGCAUUUCAAAGAUAAGCGUAUGUUAAACCCCACAAACCAGGCCAUUUCAAAUUACCCUGAAAUACACCUCCUCC